AUGAGUAUUACUACUUCACUUUCGGAAUACAAAAGUGAAAUGAAAUCAUUUGAAGGAGUAUAUACGAAAAUUAUCGAUGCAGUAUGCAAGAAUUUUGGUCUCCAACAAAAUCCUUCAGUAGCUGUCUGGGUGAAAAAGAUACUGGAUUACAAUUUACAUGGUGGCAAGAAAGCACGCGGAUUAACGACUAUACUCGCUUAUGAAACAUUGGAGAAAAAAGACAACGUUAAUAAGGAAACUCUAGAAAUUGUAAGAGCUCUGGGAUGGUGUGUGGAAAUGCUUCAAGCAUAUUCUCUAAUAAUGGAUGAUAUUAUGGAUGGAUCGACAACUCGCAGGGGUGUCCCUUGUUGGUACCGACUGCCUGAGGUCGGUAUGGGAGCCAUAAACGAUUGUAAUCUUGUUCAGUCAGCAAUGUAUGAAGUGAUUAGACUAUACUGUGAGAAUCUACCUACAUACAAAGAAAUAGUGCAUCUGUUUAAUGAGACUCUCUUCUACGCUUCCAUUGGUCAACAUUUAGACUUCACAAUGGCGCAUCGCAACAAAGAUGAUUUCAGUCUUUUCACUCCGGAGCGUUAUGCUGCGAUAGUAAAGUUUAAAACGGGCUAUUAUACCUUUAAAUUGCCAAUAUUCUUGGGUAUGUUGGUAGCAAAUAAUGUCAACUCUGAUACUUAUAAAAGAGCUGAAAAAAUCUGCCUGGAUCUAGGAUACUUAUUUCAAAUGCAAGAUGAUUUUUUGGAUUGCUUUAGUUCUGAGCAGAUAACUGGAAAGGCGGGAACCGACAUACAAGAGGGUAAAUGUUCUUGGCUUGCAGUUGCAGCACUUCAGCGCUUUACAACUGCGCAACUUGAAAUGUUUAUAGAUUGUUACGGAAGCCACGAUCCAGCGAAAGUAAAGCGCGUGAAGCAGCUUUAUGAAGAAUUGGAGCUACGGGACGUGUAUCAAAGCGAAGAACAUCAAAGAUAUAAAGCUAUUAUAAAAUUGGCGGAAGAGCUACCAUCUGAUGCGGGGGCAUUGCCAGAGUUGUUUAAAAAAUUAUUAGCUUUAACUUAUGAUAGAAAGAAAUAA